AUGAAUACCAAAACCAUUCACGUCCCCCAUCUGGGAGGAACAGAAGUAGGUUAUCAAAUGCCCAAGCCAUACGAUCCCUCCAAACCGACUCUCAUUCUCGUAAAUUCCUUUACGACGUCGUCUGAACUUUAUCGCCAGCAAUUUGACAAUGCAGAACUAAACGCAGCAAUGAAUCUCCUCGCCAUCGAACCAUUAGGUCAUGGACUCACAAAGACCAAGGUCGAGAAUUGGACUUAUUGGGAUACUGCUAUUGCAAAUAUCCAGAUAAUAGACGCUCUCUCCAUCGACCACGCAUUCGUUCUCGGCACUUCUCAAGGAGGCUGGAUUGCCGUUCGCAUGGCGCUCAUUGCACCCCACAGGAUCCAAGGUGUCAUUCCCCUUGGCACAUCUCUAGAUUACGAGUCUGAACGAACGCGUCUUCAUGGUUGCUGGAACCCUUUGGUUCCAUUGACGAAACACAUUGAAAGUUGGACUGUCAAGCCCGGAUUGUUGACGGAGGAUUUCGAGCCCGAUACUGAGUAUUGUGAUUUUUUAAUUGAUAUAGGAUUCAAUGAGUGUUCGACGGACGUGAGAGAGUUUUGGAGAAAAUCAAUCAAACACACAUAUCGCGGUGAUGAAGGAAGGAAAAGAAUUCGAAUGGCAGCUAUAAACCUCAGAGAUCGCGACGGGUUACAUGGGCGCUUGACAGAUGUGCGAUGUCCAUUUCUGUGGUUACAUGGUACAUCGGACGCGGUAUAUAGCAUUUCGAACGCACAAGAAGAAAUCAAAUUGCUUGUUAAUGCUGCUAGUAAAGAGGUGAUCAGUGUGGAAGGGGGGGCACAUUUCUUGAGUGCAACUCAUCCAGAUGAGGUGGGAAGGGCGUUGAUUGAGUUUGUUGGGAAGCACAAGAAUUGGAAAUUGGAAAACUAA